AUGGCAUCCAAUGAACCUUUUUCUACAAAUGUAUGUUACCAAUGCAAUAAACGUUUUUCAAAUGCUGGUGCAUGUCAUUUACAUUUACUAAAAACUCACAAAAUUGAAUGUACAUCUACGAGUGAUAAAAAACUACAAAAUAGGCAUAAAUUUAUUCCAACUUCAUCUGAUACAAAAAAAAUUUUUAUUUGUAAUGUUUCACAAUGUAAAAAAACAUUUAAAAAUAAUAAAUUAUUAAAACAACAUAUUGGUAAAGUUCAUAUAGAAAAAAAAUUUAUCUGUGAAGCAUGUAAUAAGCCUUUUGGUCUGGAAAGAGACUUAAAAUAUCAUAUAAAAAUUUCAUGCAUAUUAUACAAAAAAUAUAAAUUAAAAACUACAGAUGCUAGCGUGAAUACCAAUUGUUAUUAUAUAUCAAAAAAUGAGGCACCAUUAAUGUUAUGUUCAGAAACACAAACAGAAACAAAUACUAUUAAUUUUACUACUUCUUUUGACAACCAAAUGCAAUCUAGUGGUUGCCAGACAAUCGAAGAUUGGGAAACAAUUAUGAAAAAUUUAAACGAUGAAGAGUUUGAUUUACGUACAGAAAUUGAACUUGAUGCCAGUUUUAAUAACUUAGUUACAUAUGUGGAUGCUUGUUUGCAAACCGAUGAAGUGACAGAUAGUUUUAUUAAUUUUAUGUGCGAUGAAGGAACUCAAACUAGUAACAAUUAUGUAGAAAAAAAAUAUACAAGUACGCAAACGUAA